AUGGAGCGGCCGUCCGCGACCGGCACCGAGAGUGCGCGGCUGCUGGGAGUCCGGGGACACAGGUACCGCCGGGCCGGCACCACAUCAUCAGCAUCCCCAUACUGGCAUGGACAACCCCAGCACCGGCACCACAUCACCGGCACCGACACAUCACCGGCACCCCGUCAUUGGCAUCGGCACCCCAUCACCGGCACUGGCGUCAUAUCACGAGCAUCCCCAAAUCGGCAUCGGAACCCCCCAGCACCAGCAUUGCAUCAUUGGCAUCGGCAUCCCAUCAUCGGCACCGGCACUACAUCACCGGCAUCACAACACCAGCAUCCUCAUACCGGCUUCGGCACCCCCAGCAUCGGCACCCCAUCUUUGGCACUGCAUGACUGGCAUCGGCACCCCAUCACUUUCACCCCCAGCCCAGCACUCCAUCACCGGCACCUCCGUACCAACACCUGCACCCCCAGCCCCACCAGCCACCACCCCAAUAUCCCCAUCACACCCUGCUCCCUCCCACCCCCAGGACCUGCAGUCCUCACACCACCCUCCGGUACCAUCCCCCGCCUCAGUCUGUUUCCAGGCCCCCAGGAUGCCCCAGCCCUGCUGCCCCCCAGGAAGGACACGCAGGAGUCGGGGGGGGUCCCGCUGUGCCCUUGCAGCCCGGCCGCCCCCGGCCCCAUCGCAGAGAGGCUCCAAGCACAGAGGCAGCUGAGCAUCGCCUGCAGCGUCUGCUGCAUCUUCAUGGUCGGGGAGGUGAUAGGCGGGUACCUGGCGCACAGCCUGGCCAUCAUGACGGACGCAGCCCACCUGCUGACAGACGUGGGCAGCAUGGCCGUCAGCCUCUUCUCGCUCUGGGUGUCCACCCGCCCACCCACCGCCACCAUGACCUUCGGCUGGCACCGCUCGGAGACGCUGGGCGCGCUGGCCUCCGUGCUGUCCAUCUGGGUGGUGACUGCGGUGCUGCUCUACCUGGCGGCCGCCCGCAUCCUCAGCGCCGACUACGAGAUCGAGGCGCGCACCAUGCUGGCCACCUCCGCCUGCGCCGUGGGUGCCAACCUGGUCAUGGCCUACGUCCUGCACCAGGGCCACGGGCACGGCGUGGGGGGCUAUGAGCAGCUGGAGGGGGGCUGCCUGCCCAGUGCCCCCCUGCCCGGCAGCACCAGCGUCCGUGCCGCCUUUGUGCAUGUGGUGGGGGACCUGCUGCAGAGCGUCGGCGUCCUGCUGGCCGCCACCAUCAUCUACUUCAAGCCCCAGUGCAAGAUCGCAGACCCCAUCAGCACCCUCUUCUUCUCUGUCUUCGUCCUGGGCUCCACCGUCACCAUCCUCAGGGACGUCUUCAGGGUUCUCAUGGAAGGAGCCCCACGGGGAAUGGCAGUGACUGCAGUGACGGAGGAGCUGCUGGCGGUCAGCGGGGUGAGGGCCAUCCAUGACCUACACGUGUGGGCGCUGACGCCGAGCCACCCCCUGGUAUCAGUGCACGUGGCUGUGGAUGCCACCGCUGACCCUGAGACGGUGCUGCAGGAUGCCACGGUGCGGCUGCAGCAGAAGUUUGGCUUCACUGUGUGCACGGUGCAGGUGGAACGGUACCUAGAGGCAGCAGGGGGCUGCCCACAUGGCCACAGCCCUCUAGCAUGAG